AUGAGCGAACAACUUAAGAGAAAGGAACCAAGCAAACCAACAACACCAGCCAAGAGAUACAAAAAACAAUAUAUUCCUUUAGAGGGUAUUGUUGACGCAUCACAAGCCGACAAACAACAAAUUUGGUUGGUAAAAAUACCAGACUUUAUCGAUCUUGAUAAAUACAAGGAUGAGGAAACUAUUGGUUCCGUUAUAAUAGAAAAAAAUACAACAAGUAAUUCGGAAGCCAAAUGUUCACUUCACAUUGAACCUCCUGCAGGAGGAGAAGCACUUACAGUGAGUGACUUUGAUUUAAUAAUGAACAAGAAGAAAACUCCUAUGUAUGUGUUUGGUAUGACUAAACUAACAGAGGAAGAAACACAAGAGAGAGAAAGACUAAGACAAAGGAAAAAAAGUGAACCUCUUUUGGAAUUGAAGUAUAUUGAUGACACUAAAAUUAAUAUUGCUGGACAUAUUGAUCAAUCAUGUAAUGCCGUUGUGAAAUUUGGACAAGCCUAUGGACAAUUAUCUAAAAAUCGUGUAUUACAAUCCAACCAGAAAGAAAAAAAGGCAGUGCAAGUUGCUGAAUCUCAAUCCACCAAAAAGAGCGUUAACCUUUUGGAUGCAUAUAGAGAUGGAAAGAAGGAUGAUACACCUAGAGACAAUCGUGUCAGGGAAGAUGGUGAAAAAAUCAAAGCAAAAAUUUUCUCUCUCUACAAGGAAAGACAAUAUUGGAAAAUGGAAGAACUUGCAAAUAUUACAGACCAACCUACACAACAUGUCAAAACCAUUUUGAGCUCUAUUUGUGUCUACAACAAGUCAGGUGAAUACAAAGGUUACUAUCAAUUAAAACCAGAAUAUGCAAUUGAUGAAUCAAAAAAAAUUGGUACUCACGAUUUGGGAGAAGAAGAAGAAUGGGAAUAGAAUAUUUUGUAAAUAAACUCUUUGUAAACAUUCUCCCAUUAU